UGUCCAGGAGGCUGCCUUAUACAUCUCCACAGUCAUUGAAAAAGGGGGUGGCCAGUUGAGCCGGAUCUUUAUCUUGGAGAAAGGUUGCAUGUUCCUCUGUGUUUUUGGCCUUCCUGGGGAUAAGAAGCCAGAUGAGUGUGCUCAUGCCCUGGAAAACUCUUUCAGCAUCUUCAGCUUCUGCAGGGAGAAUCUUGCUGAGACCAAGUGAGGAGAAAGUUAUUGGCCCGAAAGUGAGCCUCGUGACCAGAAUGAUAACUGCUUAUCCAGGUUUGGUGUCCUGUGAUGAGGUAACAUAUCUAAGAUCCAUGCUACCUGCUUACAACUUCAAGAAACUCCCAGAGAAAAUGAUGAAAAACAUCUCCAACCCAGGGAAGAUGUAUGAAUAUCUUGGCCAUAGAAGAUGUAUAAUGUUUGGGAAGAGAUAUCAGGCCAGAGAAAGAAAUAAAAAUUAUCCUUUGUUAGAUCGGGAGAAAGAACUGAAAGCCUUCCAAAUGGCAUGGUGGGGGUGUUCGCACCAAAAGAAGGGACAGGCAGUUCUAUAUGAAGGUGGAAAAGGCUAUGGAAAAAGCCAGCUCUUGGCUGAAAUAAACUUCCUGGCCCAGAAGAAAGGACAUAGGGUGUUGCCAUUGAAGCUGAAAGAAGCAGAUUCCAAGCAGUGCUUCUAUGCUAUCCAGACCCUCAUGGCCAUCUUCUUUGAGAUUGAUACAUGCCCAGCCUAUUACCGGCAAGAGUACCUACACAGACAGCUCCGUGGGAUGGUGGAAGAACCACUUCACUGCCUUUUUAAUGACCUCUUCUUUGUGAAGUUUCCCUUGUCCUUCGACGUUUCACACAUGGAUGACCUGGCCAGACAAAAGAAGGUUAAAACGUGUUUUAUUCAAGUGCUUCAUGAGCACUUCCUGCAGAGUUCUCAGGCUAUCCUUGUGCCCAUUUCAAAGUUGGCAGCAACCUCACUGUUGAGAAUGGCAUGUUGGGAGCUGGGGGUGGUGAGCAUCCCCCAAGAGCUGCAGAUCUACCUUCACCACAGGUGCUUUGGAAAUCCCCUCUAUUGUGAGGUCCUGUGCCAGGACCUUCUUUCUAAGGACAUACUGCUCUUUCAUGACCUCCAAAAGGAGGAGGAGGAAAACAGCAAGUGGGAGACCCUCUCAGCCAGUGCUGUGAAAUCCUCAAUGUAUAGUAUUUCUCCUGCCAGCUCUGAAGACCAGGAACUUUAUGUCUGCACAGUCAAGGAUGGUAUAAACUUGGAUACAGUGCCUCUCCCACCUUUGUUAAAAGAAAUAGCAGUAAACCAACUGGAUCGACUGAGCUCAGAGGAACAGUUGCUGGUCAAGUGUGCUGCAAUCAUUGGUCACUCCUUCCGUAUAGAUCUGCUGCAGCACCUCCUGCCUUGCUGGGAUAAAAAUAAGCUACUUCAGGUGUUGAGGGCUCUUGUAGAUAGACAUGUGCUCCACUGGUUCAACAAAAGCCAAGAGCUUCCUGCUGAGCCCAUAUUAGUGCCUUCCUCUAUCCAUAUCAUUGAUCAAACCAAAGAGAAGAAAAAAAAGUCAGAUUUUGGUUCAGCCUCUCUUAGGCUACAAGAGGAACUAUCCCUACUUCAAACUGAGGUGCUGGAAUUUGGAGUUCCUCUAUUACGGGAAGCUGCUUGGGAGCUGUGGCCCAAAGAACAACAGAUAGCUCUGCACCUUGAAUGUGCCUGUUUUCUCCAAGAUUUGGCCUGCCGCUGUGGGAGUUGCCAUGGAGGGGACUUUGUCCUCUUCCAUCGAUUUGCAGUCUGUUCUACUAAGAGCUCUAGUGGGACCACCCGAUUCUGUACUUACAAAGAUACUGGUUCCGUGCUAUCACAAGUGAUCACAGACAAAUUGCAGCUGCCUUCUCCCCAAGAUAGUUUUCAGUUCCAGACAAAACCAUCCAGAAGUCAGGAGGCCUUCUCAAGUAAACACUGCAGGUAG